AUGAAUACAACAGAAUUUAUUAUUAUGGCUAUUCUAAUAUUUAAACAUAAUUUUAAAAGUGAAAAAUAUGUUGAGGAUGAUCGAUUAAAAAAUUGUAGUGAACUGCCCACACAAGUGCUGAAUGAUAUUUUAGGUGCUGCUUUUAAUUCGAGAUAUAUGAGUAUUGAGAUACCAGAAAAUGAGAAAAAGUCUGAAGUAACCAAUGAUGGAGGAAAACGUGAUGCUGAGGACGUUAUACCAUUUUAUGUUGACAACACAUAUGCAAUGGAAAUUAGUAAUAAACCAGCUUGGGAAGUACUUCAUCUAAGCGAAGUGAAGAAAGUACACGAACAAGAAAUGAUUCAAAAAGAAAAUAAUAACUCAAGGGUUCUAAGGUCAAAUAAUAGAAGACGAAAUGAGUCUUCACAAUAUAAACAACAAAUUAAACGGCCUUGGGAAUGUGAAGCAAAGAUAAAAUGGCUUGACCUAGGCUACGACUACUAUCCUCGGUAUCUUCGAACAGUAGAAUGUACACUUCACACAUGUUUUUAUGGGCACUUUAAAUGUCAACCACGAUCGUUUACCGUCAAAAUUCUUAGACGAAGACGAGGUGAAUGUGUCUAUACAAAUAAUAAAAUUGGAAUCGAUGGUUUACACGGUGAUUUGAAAGAAUUGUGGAUAUGGGAGGAGAGAGCAGUGAAUUUCUGCUGUGAUUGUUCAGUAGGAUGA